AUGGGGUUUUUAGGCUUAGGUGAGCCAUCCCUGGGGACGCUCAUCAUUUUUCUUGGAGCAUGGAUCAACCGAGACUUCACGACUCCGACACCACGAUCAAGUCAGCUCCCUUACGAACCUUUAAUGGAGGAUGUUGGCUCCGAGAUGGCACUGGAUUCGCCGACCGCCGAAGACGGUUCCCUUGCACUUCCUUCUUCGUCUGCACGACGAAGGCUUUGGCGUCACCGAGAACUGUCUCUGCUCGGCUUUAAAAAGACGAUUCAGACGCCAAACACGGCCGUGUUCCAAACCAGGAUCCUCAGCCGAGUGCUGGUGCGCUUUCCUUUCAUCAUGGAGAUCAUCUACUGGGCCCUCAUAUACGGUGUCUACCAGUUCGGUCGAGGCCAGUUGGCCAUAAGAUUCGUCGACCAAAGCAUCGAUUCAGCUUGCCGCCACGCCCUCGCUGUCAUCAGGUUAGAGCAGCGCCUUCAUAUAUUCUGGGAGUUGUCUAUUCAGCAGUUCUUCCUCCGGCAUCCGCCGUGGAUGUGGUGGAUCAAUCGGAUCUACAGUUUCGUCCACUUGCCGGCCACGAUCACUUUCCUAGUUGGCCUCUAUUAUUUCGCCAUCACGCGGAACAGGUCGAACCCAGACCGGCAGGACCGGGCAGCUGGCCCGGAGCUCUACGAGUCCAGGCGGCGGGCUUUGGCGCUGUGUAAUCUCUUUGCGUUUUGUGUCUUCAGCAGCUGGCCAUGCAUGCCUCCACGUCUACUGGGAGACUCGGAAUCGCCUGGUGAGUUGGGCGAACUCGCCCGAACCUUCCAUUUCGUCGACACCAUCCACACACGAGACGGUGCCGUCAGUGUCUUCAACACGAGGAAAUGGACCAAUCAGCUCGCCGCAAUGCCCUCCCUGCACUUUGGAUAUUCGCUACUGGUGGGCGUCUCUAUCAUGCGACUCCCUCUCGCCCAUGCUGCCCGAACCUACAGAGUGAGCAUGCCGCCGCCAUUUCGCCGAUCAAAUGCUUACUGGAAUGUUCGCGUCCCGUCCCUCCCGAAGUUGAUCUGCACCGUCGUUGGCCUUCUCUACCCAACUUUGAUCCUGGUCGCCAUUGUCGCGACCGCAAACCACUUCAUCCUGGAUGCCGUCGUGGGGGCCUUGAUCUGCUGGCUUGCCCUACGAUGGAACGGAGUGUUGAAGAACCUCCUCCCCAUCGAGGACUACCUGUUCUGGUGUCUCCGCAUUCAUAAGCCGGUUCCCGACCCGUCUGUUCAGGGCGUCCAUUCAGACUACAAGACUUGA